AAAACACAUCAAAACAAAUCGAAAACACAAAGCAGAUCAAAAUAAACGGUUGAAAUCAGCCGCCAGCGAAUCGAAGAACACCAACAUAGAGGAGGAUGGGCUAUCAGAACGGUGAAGACUCGACUCCUAACAAGGACGGUCAGAGGUCGCUCGGUGGACGUCGUCGGUUUGAGUCGCCGCUCUCGAGAACAAGGACAUGGGAUCUUGCGAACCAGUCAGCAGCGUCACCCUUCCGCCGGUUGAUAUCUCCCUCGCAUAGUAAAGUUAGACGGUCGUCAUCGAGCUCUGUGUCUUUGGAGAAGAGCCAUGUGGCUGGCGCAAAAGCAUCAGAUGAUAUCGUGGGGUGGAUUCAUUCGAUGACGAGCAAGGUGAAGACCGCUUUGCAAACAGAGCAAGAGGAGGAGAAGCAGUUCUACAAGCAAUUGCAAAUGGAUAAGCAGAAGUUUGAAUUGCAUGAUGAAGUUCACACAGAGGCUUUUGAUAGGCUGAAGGAGUUUUUGGACCAGAAGGAGAAGGAGAAAGAGGAAGAGGAAGAAGAGGAGGAUGAGGAGAAGGCUGAGGAUAAGAAUUACGGCGAGGAGGUUCAUGAAAUUGAUGAUGAUGGAGAAAGUGACGUGGAGUAUGAGGUUGAAGAUGAAAUAAUCGAAUCACAUGAAUCAGAUCAACUUCCAGAUGAUUCAGAAGAAGAAAUGCCAGACUAUAGCAGACUAAAUUCCCACAGCUUUGACCAGGACUUGUCUCAAUACGUUGAACACAUUAAAGAUUCAGAUAUCGAGUACGAUUCAGACGGCAAUAUGAUUUUACCUCAGGAUGCACAGUUUCUUGAUGUCUCCACGGAUGAAUCUGGCGAGAAAGACGAAUUAGAACAGGAGGCCCUCUACGAUCCGGCUAGUUUUGUUGAUGAUUCCAAAGAAUACCAUAUUACACCUCAGUACAAAUCAGCAUACUCCCAAAACCAGUCAGAUCCAGAAGAUGGGGAAAUGUAUGUUAAUUCUCAGGAGGAAUUCUACUCGGAGAAAUUUGAUUUGGAGGAUGAACAUUUGGAGGAUGAACAUUUGGAGGAUGAACAUUUGGAGUAUGAAUCUGGGGAUUAUGAAGAUAAAGAAGACAUUGACUUGGAUGAAAUUGUCGUUGAAGCCAAGGAAGCCGAGGAAUUAGCUAAUGAAUUCAUGAGUUCCGCUGAUGAGCUAGACACUGUGCGAAAUGGAGAGCUAUCUGGACUUGAUGUGAUUGCUUCAGCUGCUUUGGGCCAAGUCUUCAAGCAGUCAGAUGACCAACAGAUAGUGACAUCAAAUAAUGAUGAUGGACUUGAUGAUGUUGACAUUGAAAUGGUUGAAGGUGAGGACAAUGACUCUAGUGAUAUCCACGAACACGUCACCGAUAAUCAAAAAAUCCAUGAUGAUAUUCAAGAGCUUGAUCAGGAUCUUCAACAAGUUGAUAACUUUGCUAUUGGAGAACCCAAUAGCCAUGAAACUUCUGAUCACGACGAGGAUCACCAAGAAGCAUUGGGAAAGAACGAAGAUUACAUUGAAAAUCAAAAUGUGAAGGAGAAUUACGAGGAAGAACAGUACUAUGAUUCUGAUGAUGAACCAUUUGUUGAUCCAGCUACAAGUAUUUUCGGUCGGAUAACCCAAGCAGAGCUGGAUAUCGAUGGGGAAAGCGAUUCAAAAUUGGACUCCAGAAGCGACGCUUCAACCGAAAUCCUGCCUGAGGGCACAAGGCAGUAUAUCUCAACAGAAGAAACCGUUAACUCCCCAAGAAGAUUUGACACUGGAAGCGAUGAAAACGGCGACGAGAAUGAUAACAAAAACGGCAACGAGAAUGACAACGAAAACGGCGACGACGAGGAUGACGAACAAGACAAACAAAGUGACCAAAGAGAGGAGGACGAAUCGUACUCCGAAUCAUUCGUAUCAUUCUCCGUUAAUCCUUCAGACUCUCAAAACCAUAAUUCAUUCUCUUUAGCUGAUGCCUCUGACCUAUUCCUCAAAUCAGUGACGCCAGAGCCUCAAGUGAUACCGCCCAAGUUGAAACAUGUAAUUGAGGCGAGUGUCCAAUCAACAGACAACGAUGACAAGGAUAACGGUGAAACACCGAAUGAUUCACAGACUCUCGACUCUGUUGAUGGAGAACAGGACUUCUCCACAAGCGAACUGAAGGAUGAUGAUCCUAUGGAGGAUACUCCAAUGCUGUCACCAUCUGAGCUGGAGAAUCAAGAGGAGAGUAAGACUGGACUAAUAUCAGCAUUGAGAAAAUUCACGGACCAGAUGUUCAAUGCCCAAGAUGCAGUGGAUAGUGACUUCAAUUCCAGUAUGGAGGACACGCAGACACCAUGUGUUGUUCCGAAUAGUAGUGAAAUCGAAAUUGGCACCGAGAAGGGGGUGGGUGUAACGUCUAGAUUCUUAAAUGCGGUUGAAGAAUUCACAGAGGCAUCAGUUGGAGAACCUUCUGUACAGGCCGAAGAAGACGGUCAAAUGGUUGAGAGCCAGUUGGAGGAGGUCGCUUCCGUCUCACUAAAGUCGGUUGCAGACACGAUAGUCGCGGCUGAGCAGUUUACCAAUGGGUUGCUCGGGGAAACUACGGCUGAACCCGUUCAAAUUGACGAGGAACUUCAAAAAAGCGCACGCCAUGAUCUCCUGAACGAGAGAGGUCAUGAUACUGCUAUGGGUGAAACUGGCGAGAAACCUAUUAACCAGUUUGAAGAAUCUAUGCAUAAAACUACAGAGCCAAUUGUUCAAGCAGCAGAGCAGUUUUCAGAGGCUUUGCUUGAGGAUCCACCGGCCAAAACAAUCGAUACGAUCGAGACCAUGGAACAUGACGCCAGUGAAAAAGUCCACGAAGUAGCUGAAGAAAUGUUUGAUACAGCACUUGGUGAAUCUGGCGAUAAGCUUAUGGAAAAUGUCAAGGAGUUUGUUGAACAGAAGGUUGAACCCGUUGCUGACGCCGUUGUGGAGUUUACUGAUGCCGUUACAGGAGAACCAAGUAAACACGCUAUAGAGACAGCAGAACAGAUGGAACAUGAUAUCGUUGAUUCAAUUGAUGAGACUGCGGAAGGCUUUGAGACGGCUAUUAGCAACAUGGGAUCCAACUUAACGAGACAGGCCGAAGACUUUAUUGAGGACAAACUUGAACCUGCUGUUCACAAUAUAGCUGAUGCCGCUGAGCAGUUUACCGACACCCUUUUGAACGAAUCGUCAAGUGAACUAUCAAAUGAAGUUGCUGGAAAGUUUGGUUCUUCUGAAAUUACCAGGAAAGCAGAAAAAUUUAUUGAAAACAAAGUCAAACCGGUUGUUGAGAAUUUCGUAAAUGCCAUUGAACAGUUUACCGAAACUAUGACUGAUGAGCCACCAAAGGAGGUUGUUGAGACCAUUGAAUCUUCAGAUAUUGCUAAGAAAACCGACGCAUUUAUCGAAAACAGUGUUGUUCCAUUGGCCAAAGAUAUCGAGAACGCUGCUGAACAGUUCACGAAUACCAUGACUGAUGAGCCACCAAAGGAGNGUUGUUGCAAGUGUUGAAAGCAUGGAAGACAAAUUCGAACAGUCCAUCAAUAACACUGCGACUGAAAUGUUCGAAACUGCUCUUGGUGAACAAGGUGAAAGCAUUGCCGAACAUGUUGAUGAAGCCGUGAAAGAAAUCAUUAAAGAUACAAAAGAGGUUAUAGAUGAUUCUAUAGGAAGUGAUAUGCUUGCAGAAUCCACUAUCCAGGAGAUUGAAAUACCACAGAAGCCGUCUCUUAAGGAUGCCGUUCUCAAAUUUGUCAAACCAACAGUGGAUCCAUUCAGUGAUACCACUACCAAUACCACUUCUGGAAGCAGCACCAAUUCGACCCCCUUGAAGAAUUCCAAGACAAUAGCUCAUGUGCCAAUCCAACCUUCAGGCU